CAUAUUAUAAACUUUUCCGUAAGGCCUUUAUAAGUCCAUGGGCGCUCCGUAAAUAAACUCCCCCUCCCGGCUCUCUCUGCUCUCUGAAUUCUCUCUCUCUCCGCACCCAUCAUGAAGGAAUCUGGAGACUCCACCUCCACCCACCGCCGCAGCCGCCGUCGCCGUCGCCUCCUCUUCUGCGGCGGCUGCCUCCUCCUCCUCAUCGUCCUCGGCGUCGUCGUCCUCGUACUCUACCUCACCCUCAUCAAGCCUCGCAAUCUCACCACCAAGCUCGUCUCCACCCGCGUCGCCGGCGUCUCCCCCCGCAUCACCUUGCCCGCCGUCCGCAUCGAGAUCAACCUCACCCUCGACCUCGACGUCCUCGUCCACAACCCCAACCGCGCCGCCUUCGACUACAGGGAGGGCCACACCAUCCUCCGAUACCGCGGGACACAGGUCGGCGACGCCGACGUGGCACCCGGCCGAGUGCCGCAGCGGGGCGACGGUCACUUGCUGCUCACGCUCCGGGUGGAGGGCGACCGGAUCGCUGCGGAUCUCGGGAGCUUGAUCGCGGACUUGGCCGCCGGCGAGUUGGCGUUCGACUCAUCGACGAGGAUCCCCGGUCGGCUCAUCUUCCUGGGGUUCAUCAAGCACCACGCGGUGGUGGAGUCAGAGUGCCGCGUGGUCAUUGGGAUCCCGAACCUGAAGGUGAAGAGCCAGGAGUGCAGCCACGUGACCAAGUUGUGAUCACCGGCCGGUGCCGGAACUCAAUAUAUCUCUCAACUCUUGGGCACUGCCAUAUCUAGACAGAGAUUCGUCUAUUUGACACUUCUAUGCGCACGUGUAGAUUACACGUGUCCUUCAUGUAGGGUACUAUGGUUUCGAUUUUUGUUUCAUAAGGGAACUCAUUAUAGUCUUAUAUAUUCCUAUUUCGGAGAAGGAAGAGGAUAUUGAUUGGGCCUUUUUAGUUCAGUUUAGUUGUAGGAAACAAGAACCUAAAUAAAGUUUUUGAGUCCCCUUUGG